GCCGGACAUAUUGCGGAAUUCCGACAGAUAACGGCCUGCAGUUUGUACAGACAGUUCAUUGUUGUUACGAUCAUAGUAGUAACAUCGUUUCGAUACGCGAAGGUCCGGUCUUGCGCUCUUACGUCUAAUAAUCGCCGUCUCGCGACACAUUCGCGGCGCCAUGGACAACCAAGGCCAGAAUCCCCCUCUCCCCCCAACGAACGGCGCACUACCCGACGGAUCCGCCGCAUCCGGCGCUGACGCUGCUACCGACGACGCGGGGAUUAAGAUGGUUCUUCCGAACAUUAAUUUCACCAUGGGUCAGCCCACCAUCGGCGCUGGUGGCGCACCACCCGGCGGACCUUCCCCCCAUGGCGGACCAUCUUCCGCGCAUCCGUCCGCCUAUCCGCCGCCAUCCAAUGAGGUUUAUCCAUCUGGCGGUGGCGGAGGCUACCCGCCGGACUCUGCGCCGCGCUCCACGGGGCUCGGCGCGCUUGGCAUCGGGGGAGACGGGGGAGACAUGCGGGGGGACAUGCGCGGGGAAGCGCGGGGAGCCUCCGCAGAUCAGGCAGAAGCGCUCCGCGGGGGAUAUGUACGGGGAGCCGGGGGACCUCGCGCGCGGGGAGCGCGGGGAGGGUCCAGGCGGGGAGAGGGGCGGGGGGGGCGGUGGGGGGGCGGGGAGCAGAAGCGGUGGCCGGGGUGGCCGGGGGACAAUGUGUUCCGCUUCGUGGUGCCGAUGGGGAAGGUGGGGAGCAUCAUCGGGCGGCGGGGGGAGUAUGUGAAGAAGAUCUGCGACGAGACCAAGGCGCGAGUUAAGAUUGUCGAGGGCGCUCCGGGGACAGACGACCGCGUGGUGCUCGUUUCAGGCCGGGAGGAUCCCGACACGGAAUUGCCCCCAGCCGUGGUGGCCAUGCUGCGCGUGCACCGUCGGAUCGUGGAGGGCGUAUCUGAGGACGAGAUCGAGGCGUCGCAGCCAGGGGAGGCGUUCCGGGGGCAGGUGGCCACGCGGCUGCUGGUGCCUGCCACACAGGCGGGGAGCCUGAUUGGCCGGCAGGGGCAGACGAUUAAGGCGUUGCAGGACAGCACUGGGGCGCACAUCAGGAUACUGUCCCUUGAGGAGAUUCCCCCGUGCGCGCUGGAGGACGACAGGGUGGUGGAGGUGACAGGGGAGUACGCCAGCGUGCACGAGGCCAUUCGGGGCGUCACUCUGCAUCUCAGGCGCUUCCUCUGCGACCACUCCGUGCUGCCGCUCUUUGAGCAGUCGCCAGUUCCCUCCCCCCAUGGACCCCAGGGCUGCGCCCUACAAUUCCCCCUCCGGGCGCGCUGCAGGGGGGUGGGGGAACCCUCCCCCUGGCGGAAUCCACUCCCCCCCCACCGCUCGCGCUUCGACCUCCCCCCGUCUGCUGCCCCUGACCCCUAUGGCGCCCCUCCUCUGGGGAGCAUGGGCAGUGCGGACAGAUACGGCUCAGCCAUGGGAGGCUUGGGAGCAGGUUCGGGAGGAGGCUUGAGCUACAGCCAGCAGAUAAGUCAGCAGCAGCAGUACCAGCAGCAGCCGCAGCAGCAGCCAUACCACCAGCAGCAGCAACAACAGGCGGCGCAGGGGGUGGGGGGGUAUGGGGGCAUAGGGGGGGUGGGGGGAGUGGCAGGGGGAUUGGGGGGGGGGGCAGCAGGGGGAAUGGAUGCGAGUGGGCAGUUGAGAGCGGCUGUGUCCAAGUAUGGGCGGGAGACGCCUGCUGGUGCUGCUGCUGCCGCUAUGGCCAACACUGUGUCCCCUGUCGUCACUCAGGUGAGCGCCACCAUGCAGAUCCCUCUCUCGUACGUGAGCGCCACCAUGCAGAUCCCUCUCUCCUACGUCGACGCCAUCAUCGGCCCCAAUGGUACCAACAUUGUCUUUCUCCGUCGCACCAGCGGAGCCGCCGUGACGAUUCAAGAGAGCAGAGGCACUGGCGGGCAGCCGGAGAUGACAGUGGAGGUGCGGGGGAGCGCCACGCAGGUGCAGACGGCACAGCAACUGAUCGAGGGUUUCAUGAAUUCACACACAGGUUAUGCCGAGCCUGCACCUGCUCCUGCAGCGCCAGCUUCGGCAUAUGGAUCUGCUGCCGCUCCAGCUUCGGCAUACGGCUCGGCUGCUGACUUGUCAGGCUAUGGCUCGUCCCUGUAUCCUUCUAGCAGUGCUGGUGGUGCGGGGGCAGGAGCAGGGGGGUAUGGAUCAACAGGAGGUUACGGGUACUGAUUGCGAAAGGAUGGCGGUUGUCUUUUUGGGGCCUAUGCAGUGCGAGUUGCUACCACCAGUACUGUACUAGAAGGAUUUUUGGAGUUUUGUUUUGGUUUAUGUGCUGCUGGGCCUCUGGCCUGCCUGCCCUAGCAUCUGAUCUGAUCUGGCGCUUGCUGCUGUUUUGAGUUUUCUCUCCAAUGAGCAAUAUAGUGGUUCAAGAUGAAUGUCACCAAGUGUUAUUUGACAGCAUAAGGCAGUUGUGGCUGCAUGCUCUUAUGCUGCUCUUUUUUUUGUGCUGUAUGGAUGGUUCGAGAUGGUUGCUGGAGGAACUUGAUGGGAAAAUACGGGUAAGAGGGACAUGGGAGUGAUG